AUGAACAGAGGGUCGUCCUGCACAGAAAAUGGAGAAAACCCUAUAUAUUUAUUCUCACGCUUUCUUCUCCGACAUCAAAGUUAUUUUCCAUUGAAAGCGAAAAUGUCUUCACGUUUUGUCUUUCUUCUCCUCCUUGUAGUCAUCUCUGCAACGCAUUCAAAUGCAUACCCUUUAUCAACGCAGAACAGAUGGAUCAUAGAUGAAGCAACAGGACAACGUGUGAAGUUGGUGUGUGCCAAUUGGGCUGGCCACCUUCAACCAAUGAUGCCUGAGGGUCUUGACAAAAGACCAUUGAAGGAAAUUGUUGGUGAGCUUGUGAAGCGCAACUUCAACUGCGUGCGUCUCACCUAUGCAAUCUACAUGUGGACACGCUUUUCUCAUGAGAAUGUGAGUGCCAACUUAGCCUCUUUGGAUGUACCAGAAGUGGUUGAAGGGAUUGCCAAGAACAACCCUUCUGUGUUGUCCAUGACACACAUUCAGACCUUUCAUGCUGUUGUUCAAGAACUUGGAGCUCAGAAUGUGAAAGUGUUGCUUGAUAACCAUGUCAGUGAGCCAAUGUGGUGCUGCAAUGAUGAUGAUGAGAAUGGCUUCUUCCAUGACAGACAUUUCAAUCCUCAGGAAUGGGUGCUUGGCCUUACUAUGGCUGCUGAACACUUCAAUGGAAACCCUGCUGUACGUAUUUUUCCUUUUUUCCUUUUUGGCUCAAUUAUAUAUAUGAACUUUGAUCAUAUAACCUGUUCAGAUUUCUUUGGUUUUAACUCCUGUCAACAAGAAGUAGAAAUUUUAGUCUUUACGCAGAAAGUUUCUGUACCUGUUGCCAAAAUCAUCUACGUUGUGGCAAUGAGUUUGAGGAAUGAGCUGCAUGGCCCUCGCCAAAAUUUGAAGGAUUGGUACAGGUACAUGAGCCAAGGAGCAGUAGCUAUUCACAAUGCAAAUCCAAAUGUGCUAGUGCUUAUCUCAGGUUUGAACUAUGACACUGAGUUGCAGUUUUUAAGGAAAAAACCAUUGAAGAUAGACUUGGGUAAGAAAAUGGUGUUUGAGACACAUUUGUACUCAUGGUCUGGAAUUGGAACCCUCAAAUUGAAAGAGAUAUGGACAAAGCAACCAUUGAAUAGGAUAUGUGCCAACAACGUUAAAGCCAUAGACUACAGAGCUGGAUUCCUUACCACUGGCGAGAAUGCAGCUCCUUUGAUUUUUACAGAGUUUGGAUUCAAUGAGGCAGGUUCUUCAGAAGAAGACAACAGGUUCUUGACAUGCCUUCAAACCUAUCUUCUUGGAAAGGAUAUGGACUGGGGAUUUUGGGCUUUCCAAGGUAGCUACUAUUUGAAGAAAGACCAGGUCCAAGUUGAGGAGUCAUUUGGUGUAAUGGAUGCAACAUGGCGUAACCUUAGAUAUCCCAAUUUCACCGACAAGUUCCAGCUUUUGCAAAGAAAGAAUAUUGAACCUAACUCCAUGGCCCCCAUUGUAAAUAUCUUGUACCACCCACUAUCUGGUCAAUGUGCUCAAGUGAAUGAGAGGAAUGAAGUUGAACUUGGAAGCUGUGAGAGCAAACACAGAUGGGUUCGUGGAGAAGAUGAGACUAAAAUGCUUUUACAUGGCUCUGAGAAGUGUUUAACAGCAACUGGUGAAGGGCUUCCAGUUGUAGUUUCUGAUUGUGAAAGGAAGAACAGUUCAUGGAAAUCUGAAUCUCUUUCUAAACUUCACUUGGCAAUGAAUGAACAGGAGGAACAACUUUGCUUGCAGAAGGAUUCUAACUCAUCCACCAUUGUGACUGCAAAGUGUAUCUGCAUAAAAGAUGAUUCUGAAUGUCUUGAUGAUCCUCAAAGCCAGUGGUUCCAGCUUGUUAAAACCAAUGUGUAG